AUGGCAGUGGUAGGCAGUGGUGCUAGUGAUGGUGGUGAUAUUAGUGGUAAUGGUAAUGGUAUUCGUGAUAAAGGUGGGGAUGGUGGCGGUAAUGGUGUUAAUACUAAUGGUGAUAGUGAGAAUGGCAGUGGUAAUGGUGGUGGUGGUGGUGGUAACGGUAGUAAUGGUGUGGUGGUGGCAGUGGUGGUGACAUUGGUGGUGGUGGUAGCAGUGGUGCUAGUGGCAACGGUAGUGGUGGUGGUGACGGUAGUGGCAUGGCAGUGGUGGUGUAGUGGUGGUGGCAGUGAUGGUGGCAGUGAUGGUGGUGGUGGCAGUGUCGGUGGUGGUAACGGCAAUGUAGGGGCAGUGGUGGUGGUAGUAACGGUGGUGGUGGCAGUGUUGGUAUCGGUAGCGGCGGUGGUGGUGGUGGUGGUGGUGGUGGUGGCAGUGGUGGUAACGGUAGUGGUGGUGGUGGUAGAAUAG